AUGAGCCCUGCAAGGGCGAAUGCUUGUAUACUUUUUUGGGAGCGCGAGCGAUCCAACGCCCAACCCACACACCCCGAACAAUCAUUGAGUGUCGUCUACCCGGCCAUCGGAUUCCGUCGUGGAACCAUCUUUGAAGAGCAAAAGGUUAGCCGAUGUUUGAUCAGUGUCAAGGCCUACCUCCCCGUCGCCGAGUCCUUUGGUACCAAGCUGAAUUCAGCUCCUACCUCCGAUCAAACAAGUGGUCGUGCUUUCCUCCAAAUGAACUUUGACCAUUGGGAAUUGGUCCUCGGGGACCCUUUUGUCUCUUCAAAGAUGGUUCCACGACGGAAUCCGAGUGCUAAACUAAUCCGCUCCAUUCGUAUCCAAAAAGGUCUCGCGAAAGAAAUACCCGAUAUUUCUCAAUUCCUAGACACUCUUUAA